AUGGAAGCGAGCCGCCGGCUCGAUGGGGACACGGUCCAUGUCGUCGAUGCCGCCGCCGACGCCGCUGCCGCGCAGAUGCGCAGGUCGCCGCAUAAACAGCAGAACCACGGAAGAGAUCAGCAGUCAUUGGUACCCUAUCUCAGGACGGCUUUGUAUGACUAUGAAGCCCAGGGCGAAGAUGAAUUGUCCCUCAGGAAGGGUCAAAUUGUGGAGGUGUUGUCUGAAGAUGCCAAGAUAUCUGGAGAUGAGGGCUGGUGGACUGGGAAGAUUGGAGACAAGGUCGGCAUCUUCCCGUCGAACUUCGUCGCGCAUCAACACCCCUUCACGGACCACGUCAAUUCCGUGAUAGCCGACAUUGAUCCGGUGCGCAUCGACUUUGCCGAGCUGGAACUCGAAGAGGUCAUCGGCGUCGGCGGCUUCGGCAAGGUGCCUAAAUCGGUGAGCUUUUACGGCACUGUUGACUAUGACAGGCUCACAGAUUUCAGCACGCUGGUGCCGUCGUAUAGAAGGAUAUGUGUAAAUAUGCUGAUGGCAGAGACGCCCUACAAGGGCAUCGACACGCUUGCAGUCGCCAUGAACAAGGAACUGCGGUGUCGAGAAGAGGACCUGAACAGGGCCCAGCUUCAGCAGCGUAGGCACGAAGAACAGCUGCGACAGAAAGAACAAUGGCUGGACGCCAGAGAGAUGGAACUUAUCGAACGGGAACUGCACCUGAUGAUUAAACAGCAGACGCCGACGCCUAUCAAAAGGAAAGGGAAAUUCAAACGGUCUAGGUUGAAAAUAUUGAAAAAAGAACCUGGUACGAGUAUAAGUUUCCCUUCCGAUUUUAGGCAUACGAUAACUGUACAGCACACUACUGAUCACAAAGUAAUAGGGGGUAUCAUAUCCCCAAAUAGUCCUCCAGGUUCACCCGCAAUCCCGAGGCUUAGAGCAAUUGCACUGCCCGCCGACGGAGUGAAGGGCAAAACGUGGGGCCCGAGCACGUGCCAUCAGCGCGAGCGAGGUCAGAUAAUCCGACCGGCGGCCAAUCGCAGCGCCAUCUGGUCGAAGAGCGCCCCCAACUUGGACAAAACGAGGACGAGGCCCGCCCACGAAAUAGGUAACUCAUCCCCUACCGAUACUAGCAAAAGUUCUGGGUUACAGUUGAUCCUAAACAAAGUAACGGCUUUGAGUCCGCUCGCCGAAUGGCGCAGAUUGGGCGGCGCGCCGCGUAACAAUAGUCUGCCCACCAAUAACGCUUCGCUAAUCGGUAGAUCGGGCCUGGGGCGCAACCAUCGGCUGAGUAGGUCGAUAGGGAAUAUUUCCGAGUCGCAUUACGACACCGUGUUCAGCACUAAUAGCUUUGUCAUUGCUAGGGGUACGAGCGGUUCGGUCGAUUUCGGGAACGAUUACGUCGGUACCGAGAAAGACGACGAAGAGUACUUGUUGAAUAGCAAAAAGACGAUCGUCAAGUAG